AUGCUUGGUGAUGCAACCCAAUUGCUGGCUUUGCUCUUAUCUCAAGGUGAAGUUUUCUCGCCUUAUAUUGCAAACAAGCAAACAUGGCUUGAGACAGAUGGGGGAUUUAGAACAUGCCCUCUUGCUUUCCACAACCCAAUCUUCUAUGGAUGGCCUUUGAUGCCGAACCAACGGUGCUGCGCCUCUGCGGAUAAGAACCUCCAAAAACCGUUUGAUGCAAGUUUUCUUCGAUCCAAUCUGACAGGUGCCAUAAUUUUGUUUCACCAUUCACGUCAGGUCGUAACACAAGUGGGCGCAGGCACACAGCUGGGCGCCAAUGCCAACAACACGGCGCAGAUAUCGUCAGGUCGUAACACAAGUGGGCGUGCCCUGCAUCAAGGAUACCAAUCCAAACGGCCUCCUGGACCUGUAUUCUAUACAGGGAAAUACGAGAAGACAACCAGGGGAUACGUCCAGAAGAUCAAAUACUUUACUCCUGAUUCCCUGUUGCAUGCACCGUCAGCGCCAGCUCAGCAUAGCCAGCAAGCCCAAUUCGAUCACGAUGUAGACACAAUGGUCAUUGAUGAGUUUGCUGUCCCUUUUCACCAGAGAACGUCAGGCAAGAGCCAGAACGAUUAUCUGAGAGAAUGGGUUGCCCGCAGGGACAAGCAUCUUGAGGUAACUCUUGUCACAGAGGCCCCACCUCCUGGGAUGGACAGGUAUCGCGAAUUCAGAAGAGUUAGUCGGCAAUGGCGCAAUUUGGAACUUAAAAAAUGCUUUGGUUUUGGACAUGAGCCUAGAAUGCCGAAGGCUGGAGAGAUGGCAUAUGGUUGUGCAUCUUGCGCCCAGCCAGGUGUUAACUUGCCAAUGAACUGGAAAGAGGACCCACAUCCCGAGGUCUUCACACGAUUUCUUUGUGUUGAUGGUAACUUCUCAGCUGAUCACCUGAAGCAACGAAAUGCCAUGGACGAUGUAUGGCUGACCAGUGGGGAAGGAAUGAUGACAGAGAAGGAGGCUUACAAGAAGUACCUGGCGCAGCCCACUGUUACUCGCCAGCAUUUGAUGCUUUUGGGCGCAGAAUCCUACUGCGCCCACUGCCCCUUUCAAAACCUGACUCAUUUGGUUGCCAUCAACAAUGCAAGUCAGAAUCACGCAGGCUGUGAUGCAACUGGCAUUGCGGCAUUUGCCUGCCCCCGAUCAGGCGCCUUCAUUCCAGGCAGCGUUGUUGACUUUCAGAAGGGCGAGCGCCAGCUGAACAUCAACUAUGCUCUUUGUGAGGCGCUGAAGAACAUGGGACUGAAUGGUUUGGACGAUAUCAUGAUCAUAUAUGACGUGAUGUGUCAGUAUCAUGUUAAUCUCUGGGACAGGAUUGCUAACAAUCCAAAUCUUUCCAUCUCUGAGAAGGCUAAUUUGAUCAUGGGAAUUGGUUUAUUUCAUGUCCAUGGUCAUCAGGAUGAGUGCCUCUUCUGGUUGGCGACGUCAUUUAUUCCCGGAGCUGGAAUGGUAGAUGGGGAAAUAUUGGAAAGCCUUUGGGCGCAGCUCAAUGAUAUCUCGAGGAGUACCCGCACGGCCACCCUCGCCCAUUGGGCCAAGGUCUUGGACGACCAUAUGAAUGACAGCAACUGGAAUAAAAUGGUCAACAUUGUCUCCUCAGUCAUUGCCAAGUACAGGAAGGCUGUCGUUGGUCUGGUGGACAGCAAAGACUACUUUGACCAACUGAAUAGUUCGGCAGGCGAACACAACCACACAUGGCAGGCAGAGAUUCGUGCGGCUGAGAGCGAUCGGGCACAAGGAAAUUUGAAGGCGAUGGAUAUUAUGGCGCCAAGAAAUCCACCCAAUUGUCCAGCCCCCCUCACCACCGCUCAAGUCCAAUUAAAGCUGAUGGACCAGGAGCGCCUUUCGAUGGGCAGUACAGGUCAAACAUCUUGGAUUGCAACAGGACUCAAAAUUGAGGAGACACAGAUUGAACUAAGGUUUCUCAUUCGGCGUACUGGAAAAAAACCAACUAUCCUGCAGAAAGUUGACAUUGCUAAGAGGAGGGAAAGGUUAAGAGUGAGAAUCGAUGCUUUCAACAAGACGGGAAUGACCUUUUUAGCAUGGAACCCAGCAUUAAAUGAAAAUCAGCUGUUGCUUCGUGAAGAGUUUGAUAUGGACGAUGUUCUGCAGAUGGACGAUGAUCUGGCCGAGUCAAAUUUCAGUGGCAGCGCGCCUGAUAUCAUGGUGGUCGCCGCCACAAAGGUUGCACAAGCCCAGGCAGCGGCGCUUGCUGCGGCUGAAGCUGUUGAACAUGUGAAACUAGCCUUGCCGUCAGCCAUGGGAGAAGAGCACCUUCAGGCUCAUGGAUUACAACAUUUUUUGUCCAAAGAAUAUCAGUUGCGCCAAGGGCAAGCGAACGAUGCUCUUCAAGGCGUCCGAGUGUCACUGGCGAAUUUGUCUUUUGAAUAUGGAAGAAAGCUUCGAAAAAUCAAAAAAAGUAAAGUCAAGAAAACAAGGGCAUGGGCGACGGUGCACGCUGUUGGGCGAACGCUUCAUCAUCAUCGCCAGAUUUACUCCUAUGCCAUCGAUGCCAUUUCAAGAUUGGGCGACCCAGAGAAGAAGAUAGGGCGCCAGUAUAAACCGCUCUUGAAGGAGGACAUGAAGGCAAAUACUGCGGUAGCAGACCCGAAUGCGCGAGGGCAAAGUAGGGCAAAGCCAGCCUGGUUUUGGAGUUCCAACUUGGCAGGCGAUAUGCAGGACAACGAACGGAUGGUAGAGUGUAAAGCAUCCCUAUACCCUCCUCAGUAG